AUGGUUCACAAAUGUGGUAGAUUGCCUUUGGCUUUGAAAACACUAGGGAGGGUGUUGAUGGGAAAUAAAAAUGUUAGUGAAUGGGAGGAGUUGUUGAAGAGUGAGAUAUGGGAUAUAGAUGAUGGAAAUAAGAUUCUUCCAGCUCUAAAACUAAGCUACUAUCAUCUCCCUCCACAUCUAAAGCAGUUGUUUGCAUAUUGCUCCUUAAUUCCCAAGGACUAUGUGUUUGACAAAAAUAAAUUAAUCCUAUUGUGGGUGGCAGAAGGAUUUUUGUCCCAAUCAAAACGAAAAAAAUCAAUGGAGAAUUUAGGUCAUGAGUAUUUUGAAGAGCUAAAGUCAAGGUCCUUUUUUCAACAAUCAACGAAUGACGAGUUAGGAUAUACGAUGCAUGACCUGAUAAAUGACUUGGCCACAAGUGUUGCAGGAGAGUUUUCCUUUAGAUUGGAUGGUGAGGUGGAUGUAUCUGAUAUGAAUGAAGCUUUUGAUAAGUUUCGUCACUUUUCACUUGUAGGUCCAAGAUCUGGAUCAUGUAGAAAGCUUAAUGAAUUACAAAGAGCUAAACACUUGCGAACUUUCUUAGUCAUGUCAGUUGGUUUGGAAAACUACGGCUUUUUGGACAAGGUUCUUCUUAAACUACAAUUCCUGAGGGUGCUAAGUGUCGUUGGCUUGAAUCACAUGUACCAAGGCAGUCAGAUAAUCACAAAGGUACCAGAAUCCAUUGGUAGUCUCAAGCAUCUACGGUACCUUAAUUUUUCUUAUACUGAAAUCACAUCUUUGCCAGAACAAUUGAGUGACCUUUAUAAUCUACAGACCUUGUUGCUUCAUAACUGUUAUCAGCUAUCUAGUUUGCCAGAAAGUAUUGCAAAGUUAAUAAACCUGCGACAUCUAGACGUAAGUGAUACUCCGAAUUUGAACAAGAUGCCCUUAGGGAUUGGUGGUUUGACGAUUCUACAAACUCUAACCAAGGUCUUUAUUGAAGAAGGUAACAGGUUCAGAAUAUCCGACCUUAAGAGACUAACAGAUCUUCAAGGUCGUCUUUCCAUUAUUUGGCUCGACAAAGUGAUAGAUCCAAUACAAGCAAAGGAAGCCAACUUACAUCAAAAGAAGGGUCUUGAAGUUCUUGAGAUGGAAUGGAGUGAUGUGUUUGAUGAUUCUCGGAAUGAGACGGUUGAAUAUGAAGUGCUUAAAGAACUAAGGCCUCCUCCUAAGUUAAAAAACCUCAAGAUUUUGAAUAACAUGGGAAUGAGAUUUCCCAGUUGGGUCGGUGAUCCCUCGUUUGAACAGUUAACAGAGCUUACAUUAUCUGGGUGUAGAAGUACACAUUUAAGACUUGGACAUCUGCGUUCUCUUAAGAAAUUGGUUGUUGAAAGCAUGAAUGAGGUGAAGACUGUGGGUUUUGAAUUACCUGCACCUACAAAUUCUUUUCCAUCACUUCAAGUUCUGGAAUUUAAUUACAUGCAAGGUUGGCAGAGAUGGUCAAUUGAUAGUGGAGAUAACCAUGGAACUCCUAGAUCAUUUCCUCGUCUUCAUGAAAUUUCUAUCAAAUGUUGUCCAGAACUUGAUGAAGUGUCGAUCGGAUUGAUACCUUCACUUCGAGUUUUAUCUAUAAGAAAUUGUUCCAAAGGAGUGUUAAGAAGCAUGGUUGGUUUGUCCUCGUCACUUGUUAAAUUGGAAAUAGCGAAUAUUAAGGGACUUACUCAACUACAUGGAGAAGAUGUAAUGCAUCUUAGGGCACUUGAACAUCUUUAUGUUAAAAAUUGUGAUGAACUGAAAUACUUGUGGGAACAAGAAUCUGAGGCAUUCAAGAGUCUUGUGAGUUUACAGAAGUUGGAAGUACGGUGGUGUAAAAACUUGACAUCCUUGACCUUCUCAGCAGUGCAGGAGCACCCAUCACCUCUCACUGAAUUAAUAGUCAGUGAUUGUGAUAACAUACAAUUACAACCCAAACCCAUUCCAGCAAAAGACUUCAGUUUGUCUCGCCUAAAAUCUCUUGACAUCCUUGAUUGCAAGAAUCUAAAGUCAUUCCCUUAUGAACAUUUGUCUCACAUCUUUGGGAUACCUGUGUAUACAAGAUUGUCCAAGUAUGGACUACUCCUUUCCUUGUGGGGUGUGGCCUCCUAA